AUGGAGUCUGUCCAAUCAGCACUGUCGGGAGACGGACGCAGAGGACGCACUGCGCCUGCGCUGUGGAUGUUGCUGUGCCUUCCGCCGGCAGGGUGUCAGUGGUUAUGGCGCUGUGUUCUUUGUCGCGCUGUCACCCGGGUGCUGACUGAGCCUCCUCUGGGAGACUGCGAGCCGACGGCCGCGGGGCGAUGGCAGCGGUUUUCUAUCUCUAAGUUGCCCAAACUGGUUUUGUACCUUGAAACCCUGGAAUCAAGUAAUCGUCCCUGCUGGACCUCCCAAAAGGACUCAGUGGACUUUGAAGAUGUGGCUGUGAGGUUCACCUUUGAAGAGUGGGCUCUGCUGGACCCAUCCCAGAAGAGACUCUACUGCGAUGUGAUGAGGGAGACCAUCCAGAACCUGGCCACUGUGGGGAGAAAAUGGAAGGACUGGAACACUGAAGAUGAUAACUGGGAUUCGCGGAGAAAUCUUAGAAGCUGUACAGUCAAGCAACUGUGUGAAAGUAAAGCAAGUCUUCAGUGUAGAAGAAACAACAGAGUUUCAAAUCUGACUCUUAUCAAGGAAACUCAGACCUGUGGAGUAAUACAUAAGGGCAGCUUGUGUGAAAAAGUCUCCAUGUAUCCAAAAUUCCUUAGUAGGCACUUCAGAUCAUAUCCUAUCUGCAGAGCAUUCAGGAGUCAGAAAUAUUCAUAUGGCAAUAAGCCAUACGAAUGUAAGGAGUGCGGUAAGGCCUUCAUUUAUCACCAGUGUCUUCGGAACCACGAGAGUACGCAUACUGCAGAGAAGCCUUACAAAUGUACGCAGUGUGGCAGAGGUUUCACAUUUCUCAGUUCCUGUCAAAAACAUGAAAGAAGUCACAUCAGGGAGAAGAGCUAUCAGUGUAAAGAAUGUGGAGAAACAUUUUUUGGUCGCCAGACAUUUAAGGUACACAUGAAUGUACACAGUGGCAUGAAAUUCUACCAGUGUAAACACUGUGGGAAACCCUUCCUGUAUUACUCAUCAUAUAAAACUCACGAAAAGAAUCAUACUGCAGAGAGCUCUUAUGAAGGGAGACAGUGUGGCGAAUUGUUCAGUGUCCCCGUAAAUCUGCGAUAUGAAAGGACUCAGACUACAGAAAAAUCCUGUCAGUGUACAGUAUGUGGGAAAGACUUUAGAUGUCCAUGUGUCUUUCAGUUACAUAAAAAUACUCAUCCUGGAGAGAAACUUCAUAAAUGCCAGGAGUGUGGGAAUUCCUCUGUUUGUCUGCAGGGGCAUGGGAGAAUGGACACUGGCGAACGACUUUAUAAACGUCUGGAAUGUGGGAAGGCUUCCAGAACUUCAAGCUUCUAUGAAGUGCAUGCAAGAACUCAUAUUGCAGAAAAACCCUACGCCUGUAAUCAGCGUGGCGAAGCGUUCAGGGAUUCUAAUACCCUUGAAGAUCACGAGAGAAUGCAUACUGGGGAGAAACUCUAUCAGUGUAAAGUGUGUCACAGAGUCUUCAAUAGUUUAAAUUCAGCUCAAGUGCAUGAAAGAACUCACAGCGGAGAGAAGCCCUAUGAAUGUGAACAGUGUGGAAAGACCUUCACCCGUUCAAAUGUCCUGCGAAUGCAUGAACGCAUUCACAGUGGAGAGAAACCCUACAAAUGUGAACAGUGUGGAAAGGCUUUUAAUUACUCUCAUUCUCUCCGCCUCCAUGAGCGAACUCACAGUGGAGAGAAACCCUAUGAAUGUCACCAGUGUGGAAAGGCUUUCACUCAUUCCAGUGGUUUACGUGCUCAUGAAAAAAUACACAGUGGGGAGAAGCCUUAUGAAUGCCAACAGUGUGGAAAGGCUUUCAAUUACUCUAAUUCUCUCCGAGUCCAUGAAAGAAUUCACAGUGGGGAGAAGCCCUACGAGUGUCGACAGUGUGGGAAGGCCUUCCAUUCUUCCAAUUCCUUCCGUGUACAUGAAAGGACUCACAGUGGACAGAAACCCUACGAGUGUCAGCAGUGUGGAAAGGCCUUUGCCAGCUCCUGUUACCUUCAUGUUCAUGAGAGAACUCACCGUGGAGAGAAACCUUACGAAUGUGAACAAUGUGGGAAGGCCUUCAGUUACUCCAAUUCUCUCCGAGUCCACGAAAGAACUCACAGUGGGGAGAAGCCCUAUGAGUGUCGACAGUGUGGGAAGACCUUCACCUGUUCCGGCGCUCUCCAUGUGCAUGAGAGAAUUCACAGUGGAGAGAAACCCUACGAGUGUGAACAGUGUGAUAAAGCCUUUACUUAUUCCCACUCUCUUAAGGUGCAUCUAAGGUCGCACUAUCGAGAAAUUUUGUGAAUGUAUUUAACGCAAAUAUGGUCGGAAGGCCUUCAAUUGUUCCAGUUAUACUGGAGUAUGUGGGAAUCUCACUGCAGAGAACAAUCUAAGGAUGUGUGUAGUAGGGUAAGCCCUUCACUUAGUUAAGUGAUUUUUGAGUACAUAAAACAGAAAAACCCCAAACCAACCAGACUCCUGGGAAAGACACCAUGUAUAAAAAGAAUGUUGUAAAGCUAAGGGUUUCAUUUGCACUUCAUUGCCUAACACUUCAUAGAAGGAAAUUCUCUGAAUUCUUUGUAAGGUAUGUGGAAAACUCAUCACACAACUCUUUGAGUAUACCUGAGAAUUUAUCAUGGAGAGAAACUUGAUAAAUACAAAGAAUAUUAAAAAAAAUUCAGUCAUUUUUGUUCAUUUUGAAACUAUGAGAUUGCUGUGUUUUUGAGACUGGGUCUCCAUUCGUUGGUAAACUGCAGGCUGGGCUUGAACUUGUGAUCCUCCUGCCUCAGCCUCUUGUGGUCCUGGGUCUACAGGUGUGUGCCACCACUUGGCCAACAGUGAUGUUUUUGAGGCCUGCAUCCUUAGAAAAAUAUGUUGGGCCUUUGGGUGCAAACAUAAGCAUGUGAAAAAUAGGUGAAAAAAUUUUAAACCAUUGCAAUUCUUUAUUAUUUUUUACUAGUAUAUGUUUGCCAAACAUAAUGAUCGGGUACUGCAGUGCUUUUUAUUUUUUACUUUUUUUGGAACUGGGAAUCAAACUCAUGACUGCACGCUUGCAGACAGGUGCUGUGCCGCUGAGCUAAAUCCCUGGCCCUUGCAGCUCUUUUUACAUUUUAAGGUGCAACAAAGUCAGUUCAAGGGCUUUUGUCUGAACAAAUGAGCUUGCAGUUUUUCCCACAGCAUUUUCCUAUUGUGUCCUGUUCAGUCUCUUGCAUUAAGAUACUGAACAGAGACAGCUGUUCUUAUUAGUUGCUUGUAAUUCCUAAGUGGGCAUUUCUAACACUGUCAUGUCUGGGUAAGAGGAAAAGCAUUUGGGCCCAUUGAUGUGCUCUUGUCGGUUUGAACCAGUGGUGGAACAUCCUUGACUGUCACACUGGGUGCCUGGUAUCAUUAGCAGUACAAAUUGGUCCAAUCAUUUUUAUCAGUCUUUUUAACUAACAAAGUUGAUACAAAUUUAUAAAUGGACUGUAUUGAGUUACUUGAAUAAUUGCCUGAAUAUAAAUAUUAAUACUAUGCAUGCCAGUUAAAAUUAAUACAAUCAAUACAUUUAUUUCAUUAAAUUUAUGUUUGUGAAAGUUUAUCAGUAAUUAAUUUUAAUAUGAAAAUCUUACAAGUAACCCAUUGCUGGUGUAUCAAAUGUGCAUUUACAACUGCUGUACCACAACUGAGAUGCAUUACAGUUUUUUAUACCACUUUAAAGUUUUCCUGAAGGAACUGCAAGACGACAACAUCUGGUCAGCACCUUCCUUCGUCUUAUUGUGAUCAAAGAUCCCCCUGAGAAAGUGGUACAGGCUGCCUGAUGGGAUCCUGGCAGUUCAAACAGAUGCAGGUGAUUUAAUUCAGAUCAGAGCCGCCCAGCAGUAAGAUGUAUGAAUUCUGGUCCCAUCCUGAAUGUAUUAACCCUCCUACUCUUGCCUCAAAGACCUUAACCAGCCAGGCAUGGUAGUGCACUCCUGUAACCCCACCACUCAGGAGACUGAGGCAGGAGGAUCGUUUCAAGUUUGAGACCAGCCCGCAUUAUGAAGUGAGCCCAAGGCCAGUCUGAACUACAUAGCAAGACCCUGUCUCAAAAAAAAAAAAAAAAAAAAAAAAAAGACAUUAACCAGCUCUGCUCUUACAAAAACCUGAGUGCACCAAUGUCUGGCAUAGUGGACUUCUUCCCUAGGGCACUGGAUUUGUCCAACUGUAAAAAAAACAGUUUCAUGGCAGGAUCACAUGUUCCACGCAUUCUUUUCAAGACACUGCCCAUCUUUUCCCAGUUAGAAGAUGCAGGUGUCUUCUAGAAUCCUGAUUUUCUCCAGCCACAUGGUUUUACGAGACAUCUGUAACUAUCCACUCAGCAGUGCACCCGUAUAGACACUGAAAAUCUUAACUUUCAACAAAAACUCUGCCAUGCUAUAUUUCAAUGGGAUAAAAAAAAUGCAAUAAAUGUAUUGUGAGAG